AACACAGUAGCACUUUCAAGUGUUAGCGGAACCAUGGCUGGUGAGAUGAUGCUGAGUGACUUCUUCACAGACUUUAAUACAAAUGAAUUCGACUCUGUUCAGUCCACUCAAUCUUGGAUGUCUGACAUCUUCGAAACGUUAGAUGAUCAAAUCACUCAAGACAAUAUGAUUUUGGAAAAUAUUCCUGAAGAAGUGAAGGUCAAGUUAGAUGCACCUCUAUGUGAUAUUUUAAGAACAGAAUCUGUUGCAGAUGACUUUCUUGUCGGCGACGAAGUUGAGAUCAGUGAAUCUCCUCACUUGGUCUCCACAUUGUUAGAUGAUAUAGCUAAUUCUGACGAAUCUAGUGGUUAUGCAUCUUGUGUGCGAUCGUCAAACAACUGUUCUCCUAACGUGGCCUGUACAAGGAAUGAAUCUUCGCGCCCUACAACCCUACGUAUUGUCCCGAUGCCAGACACACAUCCCUUCAACACUAACUCAUCUAACAAAAUUCAUGUCACGCGUAUUAAUCCCAUCCCAAAUGGCACUGCCACCGUUCAAACGGUUCUGCAAAAAUCCUCUUCAGGACAUGAAGACAAACCUAAUCGUGUACACUUUAUACUGAGACCACUAACUUCAGAAACAUCGCAUAAGCCUGUGUCUUUAGAUGAAAUAAGUAUUGAAAAUAAAUCCUCAAGAAAAAUUUCAUAUUUAAAUAAACAAUCACACGUAACCAAUUCUGGAGGUUCAUAUAAGUUUAUUCACAUCAAUAAAACUGGAGACUCAACGUACGAUCGAGAUGGUGUCAUAGAAUCUGUUACGCCCGGUGGAUCUCAGUCAAGCUCGGAAUCAGAUAGCAGAGAUGUCUUUGAUGAUGAUAUGCCUUGCCAAGAACUUAUUUUUGAUAACGAUAAUCUUAGUGAAAUUCCGCUUGACCAAAUCGUUCCCGAAAGGUCGUUACUCAAUCACCAAAAUCUGAACAAUCAUACCAGAAAUAUUGGAACUAGUAAUGGUCUUUCCAGGGUAUUCGAUGUCGAUCCCCCAUUCUAUGAGGAUGGUUCAUCCAGUGACUAUUCUCAAUCAACAAAGAUAACACAGAGAUUUUUCCAUGAUCAGAUGUAUUCUCGUAUUCGCGGUACCACACGGAUGGGGCAGUCUGACAUAAAUCAUCCUCAUAUGCUUGUACUCACAGAGGAAGAAAAACGCACUUUGAUUGCAGAGGGUUAUUCCAUCCCAACACGUCUACCUUUGUCUAAACAAGAUGAAAGAAAUCUUAAAAAGAUUCGACGAAAAAUUAAAAACAAAAUAAGUGCGCAAGAAAGUCGUCGAAAGAAAAAGGAGUAUUUAGAGGCACUAGAAAAAAAAGUCAGUAUUUAUUCACAAGAAAAUAUUGAUUUAAAACGUCGUGUGGAUGGCUUAGAAAGUACAAAUCGUUCGCUGUUAGGUCAGUUGCGUCUGUUACAGCAACUUGUCAGUAAAUCCAAAUCCAAUAACACUUCGAGUUCACCAUACUCCACCGAUACAAACAAAACUGGGAGUCAUUUGACUACGAGCAACAGUGCCUCUGUUGAUUCUUUGAAUCGGAUUUCUCAUAGUAAUGGUUCACCGUCCACUUGUCUAAUGGUAUUUACCUUAUGUUUUGCCGCCUUAUUGAUCGGGCAACCUUCAGGAAACGGUAGUCAGAACACAAACUCUGGUUUAAGCUUUACUUUGAGUCCUCAAAAUUCUUUCAAUUUUUGGGUAUCACAAGUUCCACAACGUCUGGUAUCUGGUUCACUCUCACAGAUUGGUUACUCGUUCUCAAAACAACCCCAGUUUAAUGAGUAUAAGCAUAGUCCUUCCGACGGUUUUGGUUCGAAGAAAUAUGAUUCCCAAUUUAUGGUACAUAGUUCACCUGAAGAACAAACGUCAGAAUUAGAUGGUCAAUCUCCGUCACAUUCUUUGCUUGCAACUAAAAAAUUUCAUGCUCAACGUUCGAGACUUCUCGGAGAAGCGAGCGAGCUGGAAGACUGCGCUCCUGGACAUUCUUUCUGGUCUUAUUUAUUCGGAAAUCCGACUUCGUCUAAAUAUCAAAUCUGUAGUCGGAACGACGAUUCGCUAAUUGCAGACCAUCAGCUUUUUGACGACAUCGAGGGAGGUUUGGUGUUCACUCCGUUUCCUGACUCAACAAAUUCUAAAUCUUAUUCCAAAUGCAAUGUAUCCGAUAGCUCUGUUCACGUAACUUGGCCACUUGUGAUAGAAUCAUCUUAAAGUAUAUCAUUCAAUAAACUUAACUAUCAACAUUUUUAUCUUUCAUGAAGUGGUUCAUAUCACCGUGUCAUGGUGGUACUUUUUUUUGAACCAUUUCACUGUGUAUGUGAUACUCUUAUCUGCUAUUAUGAAUUACUGAUGUUCAUUUUUAACUUAAGUGCUAAUAUGUUCAUUUGUCUUAAUAGUGUCUUCUUUUGUGAUACGCUAUGAUAAUGUUAUACUUGUAAUCCGUUUUAUUUAUGAUUUCUCGGUUUUUCUGGUGGACGGUUGAGUGUAAUAUGUGUAAUUUAUGUUUCUACUUCUUUUUAUAUAUAAAGACCACUGUACAUGUGAUUUCAGUGGAUAUGCUCCUGACAUUCUUUAUUCUUGUGAAAGACAAAUCGUAAUUAUUCACCUAAUUAGUAGUCCAACCUUCAUCCACCUAAAUUUUUAACUCCAUAAUAUUGUUAUACGUUUCUGAUCAAUUCACUGUGUGUACUGGAAUUUUCGCUAUGAAUCGGUUAUGUUCAUUUUCUAACUAAUAGAUAGUUUCCAACUCAAUAGUAUUUUCGAUGUCAGAUUUUGCAUGUGUAUAUUUUUGCAUUUAUCUAAUGAAGUAAUAAUUCUUUUGUAAUAUUAUUGACUGACAUAUUAUUCUCAUUUUGGUGUGCAUGAGAAGAAAUGAAACUGUUGUUCUACACUUUUUGCACAUAUACACCAAGCUCUGUUUGUCUCUUAUUCACUCUUUCUUAAUUGCUUUAAUUUCUGGUUGAUUGAUUUGAAAUAAAUCCUGUCACGACAUAAGAGAAAUUAUCUGUUGCUGAAAAUAUGUAGGUCGUUAUUUGUAUGAAAUUCUGUUUUUAAAGUUACUGUGUUAAAAUUUCUGUCUUUAGACGCAAAUCAGUCAACUAACUAUUCGAUUGUGUUUUUGUCGGUUGAGUAGUUUUAAAUUUCGAUGGUGGUUAGUUCAUCCUAUAGAAUUUUUAUACUGACAAUCAAACGACUGGCUCAUAUUACGAAGUCUUCUACAUCACAACGGACUAGUACUUACGUAAAUAUGAAACAGUGCGACAUCAGUGUAGAACGUGAAAGGAUAAGGACUUUGUAUACCACGAAAAAAGAAUGAAUUCCCUCCAGCAGUAUUGAUCUUGAUUCUGUUUUUGACUAAUAUUUCACCACUCGGGUUACUAAGAAAAUUUGACCUUGUCUAUGAUCUCUAUAAUGAAGAGUAUUCUGCAAUCCAGAUUCCGGUUAGCUGUGGCUUGCUAUUUCGUUUCUGGUAUCUUUGUUAUGUUAUUUGGCUGUUUUGAUACAUCAACGGAAAGUGGAACUGUUCAAAAACGGAUGAAUCAUCCCUUUUAAUAUUUAUGAAACCAAACGAACUGACAGGGCUUGACAAGUAAAAACUCGCGUAAUGGAACUGCCAACUUUAUCUUCGUGUACGGUAGAGAUAAAACUAUCGCUGAUACUGUUAUAUCCGCAUAAAGAAUAAAGUAAGUAGUAACCCAAUAACCCAGUUCAUGGAUUCUCGUUGUUUAUAGUCUAG